CAAGUUAGAUUUAGCGCGAGGUAGAGUUUACGCUUCGCUGGUUCGCGUGGGGGUAGUUGUCUGGGGUUUGCUUCUCCACUUCUUCAUUUAUAUUGUUGCUGUUCUGCUUCGCGCGAAUUACAGUAGUCGAUACUUCUCUGCCACCUCCUCCGACUUUAUUCCUGCUGGGUCGGAAGUCGCGCAGGGAGAUCGCCCCGAAGCCGUUGCAUUCGAGGUCAUCCUACAUCUACAUACUGGAAAGAGGGGAACAGAGGUUCAAAUUAAUUGAUCAAAAUGUCAAUGGCAAUGGAGUUCUGCCCUAACUGUGCUAUAUUAUUGGAGCUUGAAGCUGCAAGUGGUAACCGCAAAACCAGAUUUUUCUGCCCUGCUUGUCCGUAUGUCUGUCCAAUCAAUGUCAAGAUAGUCCGCAAGGGAGUACUAGUAAAUAAAGAGGUCGAGCCCAUCUUUGGAGCAGAUGACAUGAAAUAUGCUCCCAAAACAACAGCAAGUUGCCCGAGGUGUAAUCAUGGAGAGGCAUACUUCAAACAGAUGCAGAUCCGAUCUGCGGAUGAACCAAUGACAUCCUUUUACAAAUGUUGCAAUGAGAGCUGUAAAUUCAACUGGCGUGAGGACUAACUACAAAUAUUUUUCCUGCAGUUAAACUAUAAAUAGACCUUUUUCUUUUCCCUCUUAUCGUGCUUUAACUUCAGUUCCUUAAGGUUUUUUUUUUUGUUUUUAUUGCUUUUGAGGAUAUCAUUAUGUUGCUCGUUUGAAGAAUGAUGAGUUGUAAGUUUGUUCAGAUUAACGGGAAACUUCAAUGCUUGCGAACUAUUUAAACUGUAAUAUUGCAAAUAUUGCAAAAGUUUUUGGAACUAUGGAGAGAGUACUUUUCAAAUGUUA